UAUGUCUAAAAAUAAAAUGUCACAAAAACGCAAGGAAUUAAAGAAGUGCAUGAAACGGCUUGAUGCUCUUCAGAAUGAGCUCGCUAAGCGGAAGGCGUUCAAAAGGCUAAAAUUUUAUAUGGAACAGUUGAAGGAGCUGCAAAAUGAGGUGGACAGACGUCAGCCGCGCAGAAUCGGAUAUCCUGUCUCCGAGUCGCUCAAGCUGCCACAUCCCGUCAAACUGUACGAGUAUACCAUUUCCUUUGGUCAAUUGGAUAACUGUGGCCGUGAACUGCUAGAGGAUGCCCUCAAUGCUCGCUGCUUUGCCUACGCACCUUACAGUAAUUUUAAGGUAGGCGCUGCUUUUCGCUCCAAAGGCGGUAAGGUCUUCACCGGUUGCAAUGUGGAGAAUGUGGCCUUCACUCCAGGCUGUUGUGCCGAGCGCACGGCUCUGGUGAAAGGUAUCAGCGAAGGUUGCAAGACAUUCAAUGCAGGCGCCGUUGUUGCCUAUCAUCCGGCUGGCUAUACCACGCCCUGCGGCGUCUGCCGGCAGUUCAUACACGAGUUUGCCAAACUGGACAUACCCAUCUAUAUAGCACAGGCGCCACAGUCAAGCGCUAAAUUGCCUGCCUUUGAGGACGAUGACGAAGUGCUGGUCACGUCCAUCUAUCAUUUGUUGCCACAUUGUUUUUCGAUAUACUAGUUUGUAUAGGGGUAAAAUAAACCUGAAUAUAUUUCGCUGUUUCAAAUAAAA